AUGGUGGUCAGAGCUGCACUGCUCCCUGUAACCUUGCUGCUGUGCCUUGCACUGCCCGGCAGCGCCGACGCCAGAAGGACGGCGGACGGUUUCUAUGAGCUCAAGAACAAGAAGGGGGACUUCUCCAUCAAGGUCACCAACUGGGGAGCUACCCUCGUAUCUGUCCUCGUCCCUGAUUGCCAUGGGGACUUGACCGAUGUUGUACUUGGGUACGACACUGUUGCUGCAUACGCUAAAGGCGCUGCUGCCGGAUCGACUAUUGGGCGCGUAGCAAACAGAAUCGCCAACGCCCGCUUCGUGCUCGACGGCAGAACCUAUCGUCUCCUCCAUAACGACGGCAACAACACGAUUCAUGGCGGCCCCAGGGGCUUCAACAAGGUCAUCUGGACGGUGAAGGAGUACGUGCACGACGGCGACUCCCCGUACAUCACCUUCUACUACGGCAGCUUCGACGGAGAGCAAGGGUUCCCGGGGUACCUGGACGUGUAUGUGACGUACCGGCUCUCCGACCCGUACGACCUGAGCAUCAACAUGAACGCGACGGCGACGAGCAAGGCGACGCCGGUGAACCUUGUGAACCACGCGUACUGGAACCUCGCUGGCCACGGCAGCGGCGACGUCCUGGAGCACGAGCUCCAGAUGUUCGCCUCACGCUACACGCCCGUCGACGGGUACAUGAUCCCGACGGGCCAGGUCGCGCCCGUGGCCGGCACAAAGUACGACUUCCUCACGCCGACGCCCGUGGGAGCCAACAUGGAGAUCGUCCCGGGCGGCGGCGGCGGGUACGACAUCAACUUCGCCGUGGACGGGCAGCAGGACGCGAUGCGGCCGGUGGCGCGCGUCCAGGACCCGGACUCCGGCCGGGCGUUGGAGCUGUGGGCGAACCAGCCCGGGGUGCAGCUCUACACCGCCAACUGGCUCAGCAACGACAAGGGGAAAGGAGGGAAGGUGUACGGGCAGUACGGCGCGCUGUGCCUGGAGACGCAGGCGUACCCCGACGCCGUCAACCACCCUGAGUUCCCGUCGUCGAUCGUCAGGCCCGGCGAGGUGUACAAGCAUGAUAUGGUCUUCAAGUUUUCCCACUAG